UCAACGGGCGCGCGCGCUACAUCCUUGUGUGCUGCGUAUCGGCAUCGCGACGACCGGCUCUCCCACCACCGCGCAGCCUCUGCCGCCGGGGUGCUGCCACGACACGUGCUUUCUAUUUCGCCGCCACCUUAGUUCGCUCGCGUGCACGUGAACUAGGUACGCACGUGGUGUCUUACCCGCCACCGUGGUCCUCCGCCAUAGGGGAUGUUUUGUGCAGUGAUGUCUAGGGAAUAUCCCUAUAUCGAUUAAUCGUCAGGGGGAUAAUCGACGGGUGACAGUGACGCUUGGGAAAGUACGCAAAGCGGGAAAUUUGAAAAUUUGACGUAAAUGCGUUGAACGGUGACAUUAUAAUUUUUGCUUAUUUUUAUUCUCUCUCCUUAUUUUUUUAUCUUCGCUUCGCGCUUCCUUCUUGCCUUUCGCUCGCUCUUUCCCUCGCCUUCGCCCGACCCUUCUCGCGCGAUUGUUCCGACGGAGGGUCUCGUCCGCGUUAGUCCGCGUUACGUUUCGAUGAUCGGAACUCGAAAAGUGUUGUGCUCGGUGUGAUGCCGCGGACGAGUGACUGAUCGAGUGUCGAGGAAUGCAGUGCCGUGAACAUCGCGUGGCAAUAAUACGACCGAGGCGCGGCUAAUUAACGCGUUUUAAUUACACCCGGGCAAUUAGCCAGGACGGAACGUUAGAUGGGGUCGGCCCGGCGCUGACGCUUAAAGUGCACCACUCGUCCUCUCCUGCGGCGAUGUUGGAAUUCCGCGGCAUCGCCGCAACAAGGUGCUGCAGUCCUUCGUAAAUUCGAACUGCCAAUCGAUAACCUGAAUGAUCCUCGUCCUGGGACUAAUUACGGGAGGCUGCUUCGAUUUAUCCCGGAGACUUUGGAUACCUUGUCCACACGUGACCCAGUCGAAUGAUUUCGCUACGUGAUCGGAUUCAGUGUAAAUAAUCGACGAGACGUUUGAGACAACUGAUCGUCUGAGCUACCUCGAAAUCAGCCAAUGAGGAAGGUCGGAAUCUCAUCGGGAAAUAGUAAAUUGGCCAGUGACGUUGAUAAUUGAUGAUGUGCAAGAUGAAGCGGGUCCGUCGGAAAUGAGGCACCAGGUACCGCAGCGGGUACCACCCUGGUACCAGUCGACCUAAAGAAAUACACAAGAGACUAAGGACGAGCGGAACCCGAUAAAAGGGCUGUUAUUGAAAGUGAAGAACCUGGUGAACCGGUACCAGGAGAUGACGGACACGGAGAGCAUGCAGCAGCAGCAGCAGCAGCAGCCGAGCGAGAAUGGUCCUGGAGAACGUCGGUUGGAAUCCUCGAUACCUGGGGACAACAACAACGAGACCAAGAGCGUCCCGACGCCAGAGCCAAUUGAUACCGGGAUCCGUAACCUCGCCGCCCAUUCACCGACCGUCAGGGUGAACUCCUGGCACGACCACGUAUACGCUACCCCGCCUCGGGUACCGACCCCGCACAGGAUCAGCGACAUCCUCGGCUGGGGAAGAUCCAUCACCCCCGGUACCAAUCAGCUGAACAACAACAGCAUAUCCACGAAGCUGGUAGCCCCGACCCCCAGGAGGCUCACCAGCCCCCUCAUCAGGGCUCCACUGGCGCUCUACUCACCCUUACCGGCUCAUUCGCCGUCCUUACAAGGGUGCGUCACCUCACCACCUUGUACACCUAGUCCAGCUCCUCCGCUGAGGUCACCCUCGUCGAGCCUCUCGUCCCCCAAGAUUAACUCCGGCGACAACUUCAGGCACGACAACUUCCACGAGAGGCACCACUCCCCGGAGACCUCGAUCACCACUGUCGAGGAUGACGAUGAUCGACCCCUUAACCUCACCACGACCCGAUCGAGGAGUCCACCCAGUUCACCGGGUUCGUCCAUACUGAGUGGACACUCGGUAUACGCGAGGACGACCCCGACCGCCUUCAGGGAACCGCAGAUCGAUCAUCAUCAUCUCAUUGGGGCUCAUCAUCACCAGGGACACAAUGCCCAUCACGUGCCGCAUCAACCCUAUCUACAUAACGGGAGACACCCGGCCGACGUGAACUCACCACCCAGUGGAAAGUCCAGGGCAGCCAAGGACGUCGUGAGCCCAGUAGCCAAAACGCCGCCGGUGAAACGAAAGAAGAUCGAGACCAGCGCGAAGGAGUCGCUUCCGGUCGGCAAGGGUAGUAGCGGCGAAGUCAGGGCCGGCGAGCCCGAGGACGCGAGCGAGAUCGACCGCAAGAAGAAGAAGGCGAGGACGACCUUCUCCGGGAUCCAGAUAUUCGAGCUGGAGAAGCAAUUCGAGGUGAAGAAGUACCUGAGUUCAUCGGAACGGGCCGACAUGGCGAAGCUGCUGAACGUCACGGAGACACAGGUGAAGAUCUGGUUCCAGAAUCGGCGAACAAAGUGGAAGAAGCAGGACAACAUCAGCAACGCCGAGGCGGCCGAGCACAAGAACCAAAACAACCCGAAAGCGGCUCAGCCGAAGUCCAAGCAGCAGCCCGGCGGCGUGAAGGGUCAAUCGAGGUCAGCUGUGGAUUGCAGUUCGGAUUCGAACAAUUCGCUCUUGACUGCCGACGGGUCUGUCUCCGAGAGCAACGCAUCCGAACAGGGUAACAUAUCGAGUCUGACCCUGGCGCCACCGGCGUCGGACAGGACCUCCUCGACGAGUCAUCAUCCGACGCUCGGCGUCCUCCCGGUCGAUCGAAGCGUCCCGACGAACCUCACGUCGCUCACGUCGCUCACGUCCGACAGAUCGAGUCUCUCGGGUCACGCCUUGCAGAAGCGCACCACUGUUUUAUCACCGGAGCCUUCGUACAUAUCCAGGGGCUACGAGGGUGUCCUGGCUGAGCCUCUCCUGCGGGACUUUGACUUCAAGAUGACCUCGAGGGACUUUGUCCUGGGGAAGAUGGAGUCCAGGCUUCAGGUGUCCAGGGACCCUGGUAAGGAUGGUUUACGGAAGAAAACUUCCUUAUCGGCCGAGAUCGACAAGAACCUCAAGGAGCUCAACCUGGACUCGGAGGUCAAGAGACUCGAGCCUGACUCCGAGCACCUCGGCUUCGCCGUGGCUCCGGCCAUGACCACCAUCAGGUCGUCCGACGGCGAACCCAUGGAAAGCAACGACAGGGACUUCGAGGAGCCUGCGUCGCCCCAAUCGGCGCUUCAGAUCGACGAGAGGGACGACGUCGUCAGUCCGGAAUUGUCUAGCUAACUAACGCCUUACUGAAAUCUCAUCUCGACGGGACAAUCCGCGAGCUUUUCCGAUCUUUCGGGUUCUUCAGGGUAGCGACUCGUCAUUGGUUCGCGAUGACGACGACGACGACGAUCAUGAUUUAUUGACGAUAGUCAUGAUCUCGGGAACGAUCGCAAUUUUCGUUGGGACUUUUUUUUAAUUUUUUUUUUUUUUAAUAAAUUUCUAUGGCUAGUGUAGUUCCGGAAGUUACCGGCGUUGACACUUUUCCAGAUGCUGUGUUUUUAUCGGCGAACUUUUGUUUUUCUUCUUCAGUUGGUCUCCAACGAAUUUUUAUUUUACUUUCAGAUUGCGUCGUGCAAUUUUCUUGGGUCUUUUGCAAUAUAUAUUAGAGAUUGGUGUAUAUACAUAUAUAUAUAAAUAUAUAAAUAUAAUUAUACAAUUGUAGUAAAUUGUACAGUCGCGACUAACAAUUUCUUUUUUCUUUUUUUCACUAGUACUAAUGCAGUACGUUUUAUAAUUGUGCUUCGUUUCCGAUGCCACUCUGAGCCCUUUGUCGGGUUUUCGAAGAGAAAGAAAAAAAUACAAAAAUACAAAAAUAUAGUAUUAUACAGGCCAUUGAAAUUUUCCUUCGUCUUUAUCCGUAUUCGAUUUCGGUGAACGAUCACUUGUUUUUUGCCAAUGGCGAAGCACCGGUCUGUUUGCGGUCGUGCCCGAGAAACAAUGUACUUUUGCUACAUGUGCCAUAAGUUUUACGAGGUUUUGCGAGUUACGUUUGUUAUACUCUUCUUUCCUCUGUUCUACGUACGAGAGAUGUCAAACACACGAAAUACAAUCGAGACAACCGAAUAUUUUGAAUACGCGAAGGAACAAAAGAAAAACGAAUUAUACAAGCAUUAACUGUUCAGUCUUAUAAGUGAAGCCUCUGGUGUAAAGUUAAAAAAUGAAAAAAUUACCCAAAAAUUUUUAUCAAUAACAAAAUUUGUUAAACGUCUCGAACAAACCUCACUUAGAAACAUACCUUUGUAUCAAAGGUUUUGGUAUGCCGGGGUCACGAUGUGACGUGACCCCCGUUUAUCUUUUGCUUCCAUGUAAAAUUGUAUUUUCUCGUUCUAAAGAAAUUCGCCGAACGACAAACCCAGUGCGAUAUUCGCGCAAGCGAAAACAAUUAUAGUAAAAAGAGAGAGGUCGGAUACAUUCGCGACAUUCUGUAUAAAAAUUUGUCUGACCAUUUUUGUAAAUAUGCGAUGAUUACCGGAAGGAAUAUGUAAAACCGAAACCGAAGGAAAAGGACCCGUUCGCCGACGACCCUGACGAUAACGCCAGGUCAUAGGUCAUGUAUGUAGGCACGUGCGAAAAAGAGAAACAUGGUGAUGUGAGGCGAUCGUGUGAAAAUAAAAACGAAAAAUACGAGUUGGAUACGUGACGGGGAGGAUAAAAGAUAAAAGGGACGAGAAGGAAAAUGGUUAUAUCGUUAAGAACAAGUGCAAUUUAUACUUUAGCGUGUGCAGGCGCAUGCGGCCGCCAUCUGAGGAAAUCAUCAUUGAACAUGAUACAUACACGAGCGUAUACUAUAUAUUAUAUGUAUAUAACGUGUAUAUAUAAUCUAUGUGUGAAUAUGGGUCAUUUCAUGACGAAUUUCUUUGUACGUUUAAAUUUCGUAAUUUUUUAAAUUUCAAAAAUCCGGAUUUGGUGACAAUGUGAAAAACUGUCAGAUUGGUAACAACGAUGUUGAUAGGGUUUAAGGGUAAAAUUUGUUAAAGGAAAAAAACAAAAACAAAAUUUCCAAAUGAAUCCAUCGGAUGGCACAAUGCUCUCUUGUAAUUUCGUUCACGGAAUGUCCCAUAUAAAUAUACGACGCUAUCAAGUGAUAACAGAAGUAGCAUGUAGGUAAUAAGAUGCUUUGAUCAAUGUAUUUUUUAAUUGAUAUUUAAUAAAAUAUUAUGUAUAGGGUAACAGACGUGUACGCGAGUUGUUCCGUUAUGGCGUCUGUAGUUGUUACAAGGAUGCUGUCGAUAUUCUCACAGGAAAGCAUCGCGCGAGAUAGAAAUGAAAUAACUCGUUCACUUUAUUAAGAUCUAUUAGAAUUAUUGAAAAACAUUUUUAUUUAAUUUUACUCCCUUUUGUUAUCACUGCACAAAACUUCAUAGGUGAAUGACGUCAUAACGGAGCUGAUAAAAUCGUUAAUACAAAAAACGGGGAGAAGAAGAAAAUAUGGAAAAACGUGGAAAUUACUUGAUUGACUAAUUAACCGGCGACGAGACGCGUUGUACAUGAAUAUAUAUACAUAUAUACAUAAAUAUAUAUAUAUUUUUCCUUCUUCACUGUGACUUCCAUAUGAUUCGACUUCUACUUGUUAACAGGCCGACUCAAUGUAUUUAUUAAAGACAAUAUUUAGCAUCUAUCCGGUGUCCAAUAAAAUAACAGACUCCCAAAGGCGCUGUGCCGCUGUAAGCAGUCGCGUACCAUGUAUAAUCCAGUGAUUAUGUUAGUUCAAACCUCUUCUCUCUAUUCUCUGUGACAAACACGCCACAUCCCUUACGUACACAAGCCGUGCGUGCACUCACCCAUCCGACAUCUAAUGCAAAGAAUUUAUGUGUUGAUUUAAGAAAGAAAUAAAUACGUCAAAGAGUUA